UUUGUAUUUCGCAACAAUAUGAAUAGUAACAAUGAAAAUAAUCAUAAUUAUGUAAACUGGAUGUUUCGAAAGUUCUGUAUUUCGAAGUACUUUUAUUUUUAAACCUUCACUGUGGACAAUCAUUCAAAAAAAAUAUGAAAUUAAAUCAUUGAUCAUAAUUUUUAAUCGUUUCAAUAAUUCUUACUUCUUUUUUUCCUUCUUGAAACAUUCAACAAUUUCGAAUAGAAUAAAACAAAUUCAUUCAUUUGUCAUUGUAAUUAUUAUUACGAUUGUUGGCAAUGGUUAUAUAAUUGUUUACAGGAUAUAAUUGAAAAAAAUAUUAAUUUCACCCUCGUCUUAACAAAGUAACAACAUGACAUAUGUAGAGAAAAGAUUAAUUCUACGUAAUGGACCACCGUGGGGAUUUCGACUUUAUGAAGAUUUUAUGGAAGGGUUAAUUGUUGCUAAGAUAAGGCAUCGUAGUCCUUCCGAACAAGCAGGAUUACGUGAAGGUGAUCAUGUAUUGGCAAUUAAUGGUGUUGAUGCAUUGGAUAUGUCACAUGAGCAAGCUGUACAAAUCAUUGAUUUUGCAUCCUAUACAUUAGAAAUAAUAGUAGGAAGAUAUGAACGACAUAAAAAUUCAGAAACAGUCUAUAUGGAUAACAAAGCUUUAUUGUCUAAACAAAAACCGCAAGAGAUCACCACAACUGAAUUACAGUUAUUCUGGGAGAAAGAUAUGCCACUGAAACCAGCUCGUCGAAAUUGGCCACCUCCACCAAAACCUGUACAAGAGUACAACAUUCCACCUCAGCCAACAUCAGUACAAUCUAAACGUCCGCCAUUAGUACAAUCUCACUCAGUUUCAAUACACGUACCUGCACAAAAAUCAGUGACUAUUCCAACACCACCUCAAGUACAAACAGUACAUAUACCACCUCCAGUACGACAACCAUCAAUUGAUCCACCUAUUAUACCUCAUGAUCCAGAUGUUACAAGUGUUUCUGUGAAACAAUUAAUGCGAGAAUUUGAUGUGCCACCGAUUGCACCAGAGCUUAAAAAAAAGAACUAUGCUGAUUCAUCAUUCUAUUCUGAUCCAACAAAAUAUUAUCCAACAAUUGAAGAACAAAUUGAAAUGGCAAGGAGAGUUGCGAAUAGUUUACAUGAUCCAUAUAACUUUGAGUCAAAAGGUGCAUGUAUGUUUGAAAAACAAAGGCAACGAGCAGAAAAACAUGUGAAAGAAGGUCCAGAACCUCAACCAGAUCCUAUUGAGUUGGCAAGUCCUGAAGAGUUGAAAUAUAUGUCACCUCCUGAAGCACCUCCACCCCCGCCUCCACCACCACCAAGUUUUCCUGGACUUCAACCAACUAAGAAGCCAGUGGUUCCUCCACCCCCACCUAUGACAUUUGCACCAGGUCAGCCUAAAACAGUACAAGAAUUUUUAGAGAAAAUUAAAAUAUUCCCUAAAAAUUUGCACACAGAUUUAGAUCCACAAAAAUGUUUCGAUAUUGCUACAGCUUUAUAUACAUCGGAUAGUCGUGGUGCUAAAAUGUUUGCUAAACGUCAUGCUAGAGCAGUAAAAUGGGAUGCCCAAAAUCCAGAAGAUGGUGAUGAGUCAGGGAAUAGGAUGAAUGUAACAGUAGCAUCUGGUCCUGGACCAACUGUACGUAGUCAUGACCAAUUAAAAGUGCUUUCGAAACUUCCACAAUCAAAAACACAACAACAACUUCAAAUGAAGCAGAGACAACAGCAAGCUCCUGUAAAGCAAAAUAAUAAUAAUAAUAAUAAUAAUAAUAGUAAUAGUGGAGAGUUGGACGCAUAUAGAAAGUCAUCAAUUUCAUUAGCUACGAACAGUUCGGUAACUACACCGACACCUUUGGACAAUUUGAUUGGUCCUACACCAAAGCCAUUUAUACCAAUGAGUUCAAACAACAAUACACCCUUUGGACAAAUGAAUAACAAUUCUAAUAUUACUAAUGUUAAUAAUAAUAAUAGUAGUAAUACGAUCGAAGCAAAUCGUCUAAAUAAUCCAAGUGAAUCUGGUUGGAGACCAGUGAAAUUUCGAAUUGGACAAACUGCAAAUUAA